AACCACAACAACUGCAGCCCCAACAACAACAACCACAACAGCUGCCCCAACAACAACUACAACAACUGCCCCCAUAACAACAACUACAGCUGCCCCAACAACAACAACCACAACAGCUGCCCCAACAACAACUACAGCUGCCCCAACAACAACCACAACAACUGCCCCAACAACAACAACCACAACAGCUGCCCCAACAACAACAACCACAACUGCUGCACCAACAACUACAACUGCAACCCCAACAACAACCACAACAACUGCAGCCCCAACAACAACAACUACAACAGCUGCCCCAACAACAACUACAACAACUGCCCCCACAACAACAACUACAGCUGCCCCAACAAAAACAACCACAACAGCUGCCCCAACAACAACUACAGCUGCCCCAACAACAACCGCAACAACCACAACAGCUGCCCCAACAACAACUACAGCUGCCCCAACAACAACCGCAACAACCACAACAGCUGCCCCAACAACAACUACAGCUGCCCCAACAACAACCACAACUGCCCCAACAACAACAACUACAGCUGCCCCAACAACAACAACCACAACAGCUGCCCCAACAACGACCACAACCACAACAACUGCCCCAACAACAACAACCACAACAGCUGCCCCAACAACAACAACCACAACAGCUGCCCCAACAACAACAACCACAACUGCUGCACCAACAACUACAACUGCAACCCCAACAACAACCACAACAACUGCAGCCCCAACAACAACAACCACAACAGCUGCCCCAACAACAGCUGCCCCAACAACAACUACAACAACUGCCCCCACAACAACAACUACAGCUGCCCCAACAACAACAACCACAACAGCUGCCCCAACAACAACUACAGCUGCCCCAACAACAACCGCAACAACCAC